AGUCGCGAGCGAGCGAUGGCGCGCAGCGGCGGCGGCGGUGGCGCGCGCGAUUACGUGAGCCACGAGGAGGCGACGGCGCUCGCCAGAGCGCACUUCCAGGACCAGCAGCUGCGAGUCGUCGACUGGCGCGUGGAGGCGUUCGCCAGCGAGCAGCUCGGUUACCUGGCCGAUCACAAACUGCUGAGUCUCGCGGUGCAGCCGCGCGACGACGAGCUCGCGCCUCGGCGCCACUGCAGCUUCUUCGCGAAAGCGCUGGCGGCCGGCUGCGACGCGUACGAGCGGUCGUUCUUCCGGGAGGAGGUGCGCUUCUUCGGCGAGGCGCUGCCGCGGCUGCUGGACGGCUUCGAGGCCGAGCGCUGGGCCCCCGAGUGCUAUCUGGCCAAGGGCGAGCUGCUGGUCCUCGAGGACCUGCGCGCGCAGAGCUUCGCGCACGCCGCCGUUAGCGCGAUGACGGCCGGGUAG